GCAGCGGCCUAAGUGUUCGGUCAUGUCGUUCUCCACCGCAAUAGCUGUUGUCUUAGAUGAGGUUACGGAAACCCAGUGAUAAUGCUUACUUAUGUUUCUACAACGCUAAUUUCAGCAAAAGCAACAGAAACUAAAGGAACAAACUCCAAUAUACUAGAGGAACAAGCUAUAGAGGUUGACAAUGUAGUUCUUGAAAAAUGUUUUGUUUGGGAGCCUAACCCUAAAGCCUCUAUAAAGUUUCGGUAAGUUCCUAAAGCAGUUGAAUUCAGGGGGAAAAAGGCUUGAUUAUUAGCCGAGAAUUAAAAUUGCUUUAUUUCGACCUUCCCAGUAGUUGUUUCAUGUUAAUUCCAAUGCCAGUAAGAUUUCACAUCAGGCUUUCAUAGGUUAAUUCCUCUUACAAAAUUACCAUAUCAACAUCUACUAUCAUAGCUAUUAAUGCAGGAUUUCCACUAAAUAAAUAAAAUUGUGCCGCAGUUUAAAUUUUUCCAAGUCGUUUCUACUUGUUUCCUAGUUGUUUAUUACUUGUUUCCUAGUUGUUUUUACUUGUUUCUUCUUGUUUCCUAGUCAUUUUUACUCAUUUCCCGUUAUAGUAACCACGCUUCAUUAUUUAGUCUCAGAAAUGUAGCUAAAAUCUCAGAAUUAUAUAGGUGUGUGUCUUCGAUGAUAACAUGUAAGGGAGAGGUGCAAAUAAGAGGUCUAUUGGUCUAUCCAUAUCUAGACCCUGCUCACCAAAUUUGGUGAAAGGUGCAAACGUCAUAAUAGGAAGUCUGACCAUUUAGCAGCUCUGAAGCAGCAAUGUGAUUGUCCCAGAACAAUCACAAUUGUUCUCAUCAAUUGAAGCACAACGCAGCUUGUACAAACGGCACUAGAUGGUGCGUCACAGCUCUGAGGCAGCCAUAACAUAAAAGUUUCUGUUAGUGAAAAUUUUGACCGAAGGAGUUUCAGAGAUGUCGAGGUUAGUGUGUCAAACAGCGUUAAGGCAACUUCUUAGAGGACGAGCGUCUUUACUUCCUCUUGGGCGACUGGCAAGUAACAAUCCCGUGUCUUCCGCAGACGACUUGAAGAUCAGAAAGAGUGACUCUUUGGUGAAGCCAUUAUUGCAAAGGCACGGUAAUUUACUGUCAAACCCAAGAACUGAAUACAGAACAGUCUACAAGUACCAAGGCAAAAUCAAGGCAGUCAUUUUGGACUGGGCUGGUACAGUUUUGGACUGUGGUGUGUAUGCUCCAGCAGUUGUAUUUGUUGAGGUUUUCAAAAAUGAAGGGGUCCCAAUCACGAUGGAUGAAGCAAGAGAACCCAUGGGUGCUCAUAAGAAAGUUCAUAUCCGGAAGAUAACACAUCAAGAAUCUGUGAGACAAAGAUGGUUUGAGAAGUUUGGAAAGUAUCCUAAUGAAGAAGAUGUUGAAAGAAUGUUCCAGAACUUUGUCCCUAUGCAGCUGGCUUGCUUACGUGAUUAUUCAAAAAUGAUUGAUGGUGCUGUUGAAACAGUGAACUACAUCCAGAAAGACAUGGGUAUGAAAAUUGGCUCAACUACUGGAUUCACUACUGCUAUGGUUGAUAUAUUGAAAGAAAUUGCCAAAGAAGCUGGGUAUGUUCCUGAUGCCUAUGUAGCUGCCGAUGACGUUCCUCAGGCAAGACCCUACCCUUAUAUGGUUUGGGCAAACUGCAUCAAACUUGACGUAAAUCCAAUUCAAGCAGUAUUGAAAGUUGAUGACACUGCUGAUGGUGUUAGAGAAGGCAUUUUAGCUGGAUGUUGGAGUGUAGGACUUGCAAGAACGGGAAACUAUGUGGCACUGAAUGAAGAAGAGAUUUCAAAUUUGUCUGCAGAAGAUUAUGAAAGAAGACUUCAAAGGUCUUACAGCAUCUUGGCUAAUGCUGGGGCCCAUUAUGUUAUUGACACAAUCAAUGAUUUGCCUCCAGUUAUUGAUGACAUCAACAGGAGGCUUGCUGCAGGUGAAAGCCCCUAAGAAGUAGAUUAUGUCAUUAACACAAUCAAUGAUUUGCCUCCAGUUAUUGCAGGUGAAAGCCCCAGGGGGGGGAUACUUAGUAUAUUUUGCUGACGGGAUGUGCACGUCUUUCUGGGUAUCAUUUUCAGCAAUUUAUUCUAAGGCUGGGUAUCUGUUCAAAGGAUAUAAUCUAAAGCCGGUUGCCUGAUUUUCUUUUUUUUUCUAUUCAAAAAUAUCAGCAAAGGAGCUACCCGCCCAUUGUUUUUGUUGUGUUCUGGUAACGAUGGCAACUGGCACCAAAGCUUUUGUUUUCCUUUGUUCUUUUUUCCAGAAAUUCUAAAGCCAGGUGUCAUUUUUAGCUUUUUUUUCUAAAGCCGGUUCACCAAAACAAUCCUAGGAGUGCACACCCUUGUUGUUUUGGUAUCCAAGUACCCCCCCCCCCGGGGUGAAAGCCCCUGAAGGACUCUAAGUAAUAUUUUUAGCAAAACUAGUACACAUUGAAAGAGAGAGUUGGGUCAUUUUUUUAAAGGUCUGAAAGUCUUGCUUGCUGUUUUAUGGACUUUUUUUAUUUGGCAUUCCAAAAAAAAAUUCUACUUGUAAAUGUCUAUCCUAUUAUGAAUAGCGAAGUUUACAUUCUAUAGCAUGAAAAAUGGCAUUUUUAUGUUUUCUUUAUGUUGUCUACCAAAAAUCUGGCUUCAGAACAUUAAUGGGUAAAGGACAUCCAAAGUAAUUUAUCAAUAAUAUCUCUUUUGGCACAACUGCUCUUUCAGACAACCAUUAAACAAUCGCUUGUUUUUAGUUUUUAGCUCACUGUAGCUGUUAACACGUGCUUGUUUCUUGCAAUGCUGUUUUAAAGUAGCUUUAAAUUUAAUAGAGUAUUGAAUAAUUUAAUUGUAAUUUAUGACUGCAUUUUUUAAUAUUUUCAUAUAAAGUUUAGAUACCUGAAGAGAUUCUGUCACAGGA